UGUAGCGUCUUACCUGGUACAUAACAUUUGAAGGAAGAACUACAAUUAGAAGGACUCAGGCCUAAAAAUGAAGCUCCUUCUUCUUACAACUGUUAUAGUGACCAUCUCCAAUGUCAGCGCAGGCAAGACACAGAGGAUGUUAGCAGCCAUGAUGGCAGGAAUGAACGGAGGAACGAUGGCAGGUAUGAAUGGAGGAAUGUUGGCAGGUAUGAAUGGAGGAAUGUUGGCAGGUAUGAAUGGAGGAAUAGUGAACCCCGCACUGAUUGCUGGAGGCCUGAACCCUGCGCUGAUUGCUGGAGGCCUGAACCUGCCUGUGGUGCCUGGUGGUGGGGCAGGUUUCGUUGGGCAGCCACAGUUUGUGCAGGUUGUUCCUAGAGUCCCUGCUUUUGCUCUGCCGGCCCCUGUUCCUAACGUAUACCCUGUUCCUGCAGUCAACACGCUUCCUUUGGCUGGAUUCCCUCAAAUGGCCGCUAUGAAUCCUCCUCAGCAGCCUCAGAUGGGGUUUCCAGGUGUUGCCAUGCAACAGCAGCUUCCCCCACAGCCUGAUCCUCUCAGAAGAUUCAGGCGUCAGAUUAUGAAACAGGGCAACAACAUGAAGAUCACUAUGGAUACUCAGAUUCCAGCUCCUACUGACAGCACAACAACUACUCUGUGUGAUGAAGAUGGUCAACAUGUGGAUAAUUAACUAAUAAUUAUUAUGACAAUAAAACUUGAUUUGUAUGAUUUUGGCCAUAGAGCCUAUGUGCAUAAAUGUCACAUGGAAAAAAGGUGAACUGUGCAUGUAAAAUAAAUAAAUCUACUUAAAAACAUCAAA